AUGGCUUCGUCUUCGCCUCCUGCGUCGCCGCAGGAGCGACACGCAACUGGCUGCCGGAUGGUGGAGAUGGAGCUCGGCGCGGCGCGGGCCCUGGCGCACCUCGCAGGACUAGCGGGGGGCGGCGACGGCGACGGGAGUAGGUCCAGAGAGAGGAGCACAAGCGAGUCGCCUGUUAGAGCUCAGCAAAAGAGCUUCCAUGGCGGUCGGGAGAGUUCAGCUUUAGGAGAUCCAUGUUCGACCGCUGGUUGCGAUGGUGGCCACACUGCUUCAGGCAAUGGAGCGGAAUACAGAGCACACACCGAGUUCCCCAGCAGUCAGCCUUCACUUCCUGGUAGGAGAUGUAAACAGAAUUUGACAGAGGCUGAGAAGGAAGAAAGGAGAUUGCGCAGGGUGUUAGCUAACAGGGAGUCUGCGAGGCAGACCAUCCGUCGGCGUCAGGCUCUCCGGGAGGAGUUGACCAGAAAAGUUGCUUACUUGUCCCUGGAGAAUGAGAAUAUGAGGAUGGUAAGCAACAUUCCACCUCGUGAAGUUGUUUCCUCCCAAACUUUCAAUAGCUCCCAUUGA